GACCCCAUGCAUCUGAACUUUCCUGAUUAACCUGUUUUAUAUGGGACCUCGUCAAAUGCCUUACUGAAGUCCAUAUAGAUGACAUCCGCAACUCUACCUUCAUCAGUCUCUCUCGUCAACCUGUCGAAAAAACUCAACCAGAUCACCAACUAACUGUUCCACAAGUCGUACUUGGCCUGGGAACCUAGGCCUCUGUUUUGCUAGAAUCACACUACCCAAAUUGUGAGGAUCUCCAGCUUCCUGUUUCACUGUCGCUAUCGGGGCACAUUCCUCCCUGUCUCAGAAGAAUUGCCACCGUAUUAGCAGGAGAAGAGGAGCCAGUCCAUCAAGGGGGUCAUUGAGACAAAUGAGCACGCAGUCCGUCAUUUCCACUUACACCCAAGAGAGCGCCGGUCAGAAUGGAGUGAGUGGAGCAUCGCUCCAGAACACCAGCACCGGUGGCGGAGGCAUCAGUGCCCACCAAGUGCCACAGCUCAACCCGCUCAACCCCACAGGGGGUGGCAAGGCCAUGGCGCCAAGCAAACAGAGCAAGAAGAAUGCAGGCCACAACAAGGAGAGCGAGGAGUACCGGCAGCGGCGAGAGCGCAACAACCUGGCAGUCAGGAAGAGCAGGUUAAAGAGCAAGCAGAAAGCACGCGACACACAGCAGAGAGUGGAUGAGCUGAAGGAGGAGAAUGAAAGGCUGGAAGCAAAGAUCAAGCUGCUCACCAAGGAGCUGAGUGUCUUAAAGGAUUUGUUCCUGGAGCAUGCGCAUAGUUUCUCUGAUAAUGGGCACCCCUCGUUUACUGAAGGCACUGGCUCUGGGCAGGAGGCUAGCAAUGGGGGGCAGUAGGGUAGGAGCAAACAGGCAAUGUCAGUGCCAGAGAAAUUUUACAGAGAGGGGCUUUUACCUUGAACUCUCUAAUUUAAGGUUUUCAUUGCACACGAUCCUGCUGUUGAAGAGCUUCCCGUCACUCGGUGCUUGUAGCUGGAAGGAAUUCGGGGCCCUGAAGCAGCAGAACAGACUGUACCCAAACAGCGAGCACACACAAAACUGACAGAUAGCACUAGUGCUGGUUCCCCUCAGCCUGCCAUGUAUCCUUCCCCUCUCCCUCUCAAUGUUCCCUUGUUCUUUUGUUAUAUUGAAGGGAAUGUAUCAGGGCUGCCCAUUCCCUGCUUGUACACAUCCCGUUUCAUCCCAUUCAUUUCACUGGAUGGAAAAUUGUGAGCUGCAGCAUUCACCAGCAGGGAGGUCUCACACUGGGUACUGAGCCCCUUUUCACAAGGGUUGCUCACAUUGAACCAAUGGUGGUACAGACCAGGGCAGGUAGGACCCGUAGUUCCUGCAUCACGAGCUCUGCUAUCGUGCACUGUCAACUGAUUCAACCCAAGCACUUCCUGCCUUUGUCUACAAGUGCUGAGGGACACUGGGCUUGAUGGGCUGCUGGUGGAGCCAGCUCAGCUAGCAUGACUCAGUUGGAUUAGGGGGUGGUGGAGGGAGGUUAUUGAGUGAUCAGUGGGGAUAUGGUCCCUAGCUCUGUGUACUUGGGGGUGUUUGGGCCGUGUAGGAUUUUGCCCAGAUGUUAUGUUGCAGUCAGCUCCGAUUGUCUCUGUAUUCAAUCUCAGACUACCAGGACAAGCAACGUGUACUUCACAGGCUGAGAGUGACGUGGUCUGGCUCCUGGGAGGGGCUGGGUCUCCCAGGACCAAUACUGAGGAGGGCCAAGGGGGCAGUGGGGUGGGCCUCCUGCAGGCCGGUGGUCAGCAGGGUGAUCAGGAGGUUCAGGGCUCGGAUCACUCUGGGAUGGUGUGAAUAUUUGAUUUUUGAACCUAGAGGUUAAAGGCUGGAUUAGUUCCAAAAAAAUUCACAUCUAUAAUUGUUUACGACAUUAAUUGAAGCUGUGCAGAAAUCUCCUGGUUCUCCACAGACAGCAAUAUGUCAGUAAAACUUCCAUUUUGUAGUCCUGGAGCUAACACUAACCUCUCACAACAGCCAGCACGACAUCGGCCCAUUUGCUGUCUCCAUCUGUGUGGUUCCCCUCGUGCUUCUGUCUUCCUUUCAUCCAAUCCUGCCUUUGGCCACUAUCCUGUGAGUUCUUGGCCCUGGCAGGGAUGGGUGCCUGAGCCCCGGCGGAGACGGGUGCCCGAGCCUCGGCCCCCGGCGGGGACGGGUGCCUGAGCCCCGGCAGGGACGGGUGUGGCAACGUGAGACCCCACCAGACCAGGGUGUGCACCCCAGGUGUGCAGGCAGGUGGAUAGGCACAUGAAUGUGCGGAGAAUGGAGGGAUAGGGGCAUUGUGUAGGCAGAAGGGAUUAGUUUAUUUAGGCGUUUAAUUAGUUGGGCACAAUAUCAUGGGCCAACGGGCCUGUUCCUGAGCUGCACAGAACACUGUGUGCAACACCCCUUGUGCACUGCGUCAUAUGUAUCAGCUCAUUCUGGCUGCCUUUGUGGGUGCAGUUCAAUUGAGCCCACCCUGAGGAGUCACCGCUUCCACACACUUGUUGAAGUGAAUGUUUGCUUUGCUCCCCAUGAUAUCACCAGGGUAUAGUCAGAGGUACAGUUGGAGAACCUCCCAUGUAAAUCUGGGUUGUGUGUGGAGCUGUGCAGCAGUGGGGAGAGUCACUGUUGGACAUUCAAGGUAGCUGGAGACAGCUUGGUGAAUAUCAUUGUGAGGAAAUGGAGCCUCAGUUUGAGUACCAAGUAUCACAGCCCAGAGUAACCAGGAAUGGUCUGAACGCACUUAAUAAGCCUAUUGAUAGCAUUUACUCAAGUGUAACCCAGUGGAGAAGAAGGUAAACAGGUAUUUUAUGUAAAGGGUUCUGGUAUUUUUACCCUUCUGAGGUUAUUUGGACAGAGCUAUCUAAUAGUUUGGUCAGUAGGCCACGCAAGUAAGUAAGUUGGGUUCCUGGCUCCAGCUAAGUUUGCUGGUUGGGAUUAAUGUAGUGAGAUUGAGCGGGCACAGAAACAUUAAUGAAUUGCACCUUGUUCCCUAUGCACCUGCCGGAGAACGGGAGAGGAGAAUUAAAUCAAGGGCCUUGGAUACCAGAAAUUAUUCUGUCCAGUCUGAUCGUUUAAUCUUGCAGUAACUUAUUUUACUAGAUUGUUCAGAAUCAAAUCUGGUUGGUGUGAUAAACACAGCAAAGAACUACAGAAGCUCAAAGGGUUAAAAUACCACGCUCUGAUGCCCUGUUUGGAUUUACAUUUAGUCUGGAUUUACAUUUUUCCUCAAGGUUAGAUUUAAUGAAAAAUGUGCUGAAUUUGUCAGUAAAACUACCAUCUUGUACUUUUUUAAGUCCAGUUUUAUAAAUGAACACAUUUUACCCUAUAAUGUAACGAGGAGUUUUAUAACAUGCAGGUGAAAUAUUAAAUUAUGCUGCAAUGUUGAGAAAUUGUUUUCCCUUUAAUCUUAGUCCCAUGUCAGGUGUCUCUCUUUUCUUUUUAGAGUGGGUCAUGAUUCUCAAAUGUCAUUUUGUGACAGGAUUUGUCAAAUGGGUUUUGUACAUUAAAAAAAGUGUCCUGUGUGGGGCAAGGUUGCUGAUAGCUCAGUCAGUCAGGAGCUGAGCUGGUCCCAGAAGUGAUAAAACAGGAUUAAAGGACAGAUUUGGUUGAGAGCUGUAGGACUGUUUGUGAGGGAAUGCCUGAGAUUGAAGUCCCAACUACAGUUAGAAGCUGAAUAAACACACACUCCCACAAAAUGGACCCAGGCUGACAGUCCCAGAUGCACAAGAGUCUCUCUGAAACUGUGGGACCCCACAGAUGUAAAAACUUCACGAACUUCAAUCUACCAAGAUUUAGCAGAGGACACAGCCCAAAACCACUCAUUCAAGCUCCAUUCCCAGAAAUCUAAAGACUGACUGGUGCCAGAUGCUAGAUUCCUUUGUAGCCAAGGUUUGAAUUUUCACCCACAGCUCUCACCCACUGCAGCUUCUGUCAAUCCCUUGUGAUGGCAACUUAAACUAUACUUACAAGUUCUUUGCCCACAGCAGCCCAACGUGGACAUUGGAGGAAAGGUAGGGAGGGGAUUGGGCAGGGGUCGACAUGUUUCAGGCUGGGGACAGGCAGGUUCAGGAUGGACAGAGCUUGCUGUAUCAUGGGGCCAUCACCAUUUGCUGAGUGGCCAGAAGUGCCUGCAGAGUAUCGCACCCUCUCUACCGUCACAAACCAGCUGCUUCCUUGCCAACAAGUUGCAAUUUCUCUCUGCCUGCCUGCCUGCCUAUCCUGAAAGAGAUUUCCCGAUACUGGACUGCUGUGGAUUACCCUUCCCUUCAGGACCACUUGUUAUGGCAACAGAACACACAAAUCAUUGCAUUAGAAUCCCUCUGCUCAAACUGGUUUUGGUCAUAAUGUUACUUUUAAAACUUGUGUUAGAACCCAAAAUCUUUUUUUGCAUAAGUGAAUCAUAAAAAUCACAUUUUAAUGUGUGCUUUCAAAUGGCAAAAUGAAAUGCUCAGGAUACCAUACAUUGGAAAAUGUAAUCCUAUUUUAUACAUUUGCAGGUUAAGGUGAGUGACGUAGUCUUCAGUUGUAAGAAUGGAGAUUAAAAUACUAAUUUUGACAACUGUAUUUCUAUCUGUGACAUUGUUUGCAUUGGGCAACGCCAAAGUCUGGGCUGGUGAGCAGGCCACCUGCAGUGGUGGUUACAACUAUGAUCUGAAUUUAUAUAGUGGCUACCGUGUAGUAACUGCAGACAGUAUCACAUUGACCAGGAUGUUGCUUGUAUUGGAGGACUUCAGUUAUGGGGAGAGAUUGGACAGGAUGGGCUUGUUUUCCCUGGAAUAAAGGAGGCUGAAGGGUGCCCUGAUAGGGGUGUAUAAAAUUAUAGGAGGCAUAAAUAGCGUAGAUAGUCAGAAUCUUCUUCCCACGGUGGGGUUUUCAAAAAUAAGAGGGCAGAGAUUUAAGGUGAGAGGAAGGAGUUUUAAAGGGGAUCUGAGGAGAAGGCUUUUGAUCUACGCAGAGAGUGGUUGAUACCUAGAACUCACUGCCAGAGGACAAGGUGGAAUCAGAUACAAUCACUGUGUUUAAGUGGCAUUUAGACAGAUGGCUAAAUAGGCAAGGCAUAGAAGGAGGGCAAAUGGGAAAAGCAUAAUGAAACAAUUCACCCCCUCACCCUCAGAUCCACGUUGAUAUCCAGCUUGGCCAAAGAGGUGGGUUUGAAGGCCAAGGUUAUGAGAGGGGAUUCCUGAACUCCGGCUGAGGUCACGGCCACCAAAUAAGGAGUCCAGGACGUGCAAAAGGCCUGAGGAGAGGAGGCGUCUCACAAUUUUGUGUGGGGGAGGUUACAGAGGUGGCAAGUGGCACCACUGUGGAGGGAUCUGAUGAGAAUAGUUGACCAAAAGACAUAGGAGCAGAAAUAGGCCAUUCGGCCCAUCAAGUCUGCUCUGCCAUUCAAUCAUAGCUGAUUUAUUUUCUCCUCUCAACCCCAUUCUCCUGCCUUCUCCCCGUAACCUUUUACUAAUCAAGAACCUAUCAAUCUCCACUUUCAAUACACCCAAUGACUUGGCCUCCACAGCCAUCUGUGGCAAUAAAUCCCACAGAUUCACCACCCUCUGGCUAAAGAAAUUCCUCCUCAUCUCUGUUCUAAAGGAACAUCCUAUUCUGAGGCUGUGCCCUCUUGUCCUGGACUCUCCCACUACUGGAAACAUCCUCUCCACGUCCACUCUAUCCGGGCCUUUCAAUAUUCAGCAGGUUUCAAUGAGAUCCCCCCUCAUCCUUCUAAACUCCAGUGAGUACAGGCCCAGAGCCAUCAAACACUCCUCAUAUGUUAACCCUUACAUUCCUGGGAUCAUUCUUGUAAACCUUCUCUGGACCCUCUCCAAUGCCAGCACAGCCUUCCUUAGAUAUGUAGCCCAAAACUACUCACAAUUCUCCAAAUGUGGUCUGACCAACGCCUUAUAAAGCCUCAGCGUUACGUCCUUGCUUUUAUAUUCUAGUCCUCUCAAAAUGAAUGCUAACUGCAUUUGCUUACUACCGACUCAACCUGCAGGGAAUCCUGCACUAGGACUCCCAAGUCCCUUUGCACCUCCGAUUUCUGAAUUCGCUCCCCAUUUAGAAGAUAGUCUGUGCCUUUAUUCCUUCUACCAAAGUGCAUGAUCAUACACUUCCCUACGCUGUGUUUCAUCUGCCACUUCUUUGCCCAUUCUACCAACCUGUCCGUCCUUCUGCAGACUCCCUGCUUCCUCAACACUACCUGCCCCUCCAUCUAUCUUUGUAUUAUCCGCAAACUUGGCCACAAAGCCAUCAAUUCUGUCAUCAAGAUCAUUAACAUGUAACGUGAAAAGUAGCGGACCCAACACUGACCACAUCGAACAUCAUUAGUCACCGGCACCAAACCAGAAAAGGCCCCCUUUAUUCUGACUCUUUGCCUUCUGUCAGUCAGCCAAUCUUCUUUCCAAGCUAGUACCUUUCCUGUAAUACCAUGGGCUCCUAUCUUGUUUAGCAGUCUCACGUGUGGCACCUUGUCAAAGGCCUUCUGAAAAUCCAAGUAAACAACAUCCAUGGACUCUCCUUUGUCUAUCCUGCCUGUUACAUCCUCAAAGAAUUCCAGUAGAUUUGUCAGGCAAGAUCUUGCCUUAAGGAAACCAUGCUGACUUUGGCCUAUUUUAUCAUGAGCUUCCAAGUACCCUGAAACCUCAUCCUUAAUAAAGGACUCUAACAUCUUACCAACCACUGAAGUCAGGCUAACUGGCCCAUAAUUUCCUGUCUUCUGCCUCUCUUAAAGAGUGGAGUGACAUUUGUGAAUGUCCAGUCCUCUGGAACCAUUCCUGAAUCUAGUGAUUCUUGAAAGAUCACUACUCAUGCCUCCACAAUCUCUUCAGCUACCCCUUUCAGCUUCCCAAGCACCUUCUCCGUAGUAAUAGUGACUACACUCACUUCUGCCCCCUGACUUUCUCGGAUUUCUGGCAUGUUGCUGGUGUCUUCCACAGCGAAGACUGAUGAAUGUUGAAAGUGUUGUGAAGUGGGAUCCUGUAUUUGUGAGUGCAACUGAGGGGUGAAGGUGGUGGGAAGUGGGCAGCAGAGUUUGGGCAGUUCCAGCAUGCAGAGUGGCAGCCCUGGAGCCCAGACUGACCACUGGCCUAGAUAUUCUGUGACCCCACAACCCCAAACAACGUCCAGCAGCAUCUGCAGAGCACGAAUGGUCCACCAUACAACAGCUGAUCUUCCUUCCACAGCCAACCUUGCUGGUGGAUGCAGGACCCAAUGACCAGGGUACUCCUGGCAACUCCAGAACCGAGGUUAAUUUCCAGGGCACAGCUGCCACUGAAACAGGAAACCGACCUCUCCCACCACUAGCAGCUGGGCAGGGCAAUUGGAUCCUCCAGGAAUGUCCAGUCUGAGGAGGCCCAGUUCGGGAAAUCACCCUGUUCCCCACAGGUUUGCAGUGUCAGCUUGGACAGACGAGAGACAAGAGACUGCAGAUGCUGGAAUCUAGAGCAAAAAACUGCUGGAGGAACUCAACGGGUCAGCGGGUCAGGCAGCAUCUGUGGAGGCAGAGGAAUGGUCAACGUUUCAGGUGGAGACCUGCAUUAGGACUGUGCUCUCAGUCACUCAGCCUGUCAUCUCACCCAGAAAAUGGUUGUGGGUCAUGAGAAGAUACAUUAGUGGAUGGGCUGUCCGAGGGGAUUGUGAGGUAGUCCCACUGUUGGCACCUGGAGCUAUGAGAAAGCUGGAGCAGGAGGCUGCCAUCACUGUUGGUGAUCACCAUCCCAGCCCACAAAUGACCAGAUCUGCUGACCUCUGUUCCAGAGACUGCAGUGGUGGGAUAUGACCUUGUGGCUACUGGGUCUUCAUCACCACUGUCCAGGGGCAGAAGUUUGGCUGGGAACCUCUCCAUCUCUCACCUCUCCACGUCAUGAAGAAGGGUUUUGGUUUAUUUGACCCUGGGUGGUGGAGAUGGCAGAAUGAGGAACCCAGAGAGGAGUUAUUUACUCAGUGGAUUUGUCUACAAUGGAACAAACUCUAAACAGGAAUCGAAAAGUACAGUGUCUUGGAGAAAUGAAGAACAAUUUGAAGAAUGUGAAGAAUGCAGUGUGGGAGGUGAGGCCAAUCUCUAUUGGCUGCUAUUGUUUUAGAAAUGAUUUGCAAUUGUACAGCCUCUCUGCACGGCAGGAGAGCUUCACAAGUUGCAGACACAUAUGGACGUUGAGCAGGAAAGCCAUGGAAUGUGUCAGGGCAAGUUUGAAGAACUGGGCAGUGAGCUGGCUUUUUAGGGGCUGCAAACACUGGGAAGGGAUAAUGAGGCUUUGGUGGUUUCAGAAGAGUUUUGAGGAGCUGAAAGAUCGGCAGGAGAGGUUGGGAGCUCACAGAAUUGAUCUGCAUGAUGUGAUCUGGGACAUCAGUGCAGGUUCUGAGACAACCCCUCAGUCGGCAUGAUCAAAAACUGCAGAUACUGUAAAACUGAAAUUAAAACAGAAACAGCAGGUCAGGCAGCAUCUGGGGAAAGAAUCAGAAUCAGGUUUAUUAUCACUGACAUAUGUCAUGAAAUUCGUUGUUUUGCGGCAGUAUAGUGCAACGACAUAAAAAUUACUGAAUCGUUGAGUGUGGGUCUUCAGGCUCCUGUACCUCCUCCCUGAUGGUGGUAACAUGAAGAGAGCAUGUCCCAGAUAGUGAGUGUCCUUAAUGUUGGUUGCCACCCUGCCUUUUUGAGGCACCGCCUUUUUAAGACGUCCUCGAUGGUGGGGAGGGUUGUGCCCGUGAUGGAGCUGGCUGAGUCUACAACCCUCUGCAGCCUCUUUUGAUCGUGUGCAUUGGAGCCUCCAUACCAGGUAGUGAUGCAACCAGUCAGAAUGCUCUUCACUGUACAUCUGUAGAAAUUUACAGGGGUCUUUCGUGACGUACCAAAUCUCCUCAAACUCCUAAUGAAGUAGACCCACUGAUGUGUCAUCUUCGUGAUUGCAUCAAUCAAUGUGUUGGACCCAUGAUAGAUCCUCUGAGACGUUGACGCCCAGGAACUUGAAGCUGCUCACCCUUUCCACCGCUGACCUUUCAAUGAAGAUUGGUGUGUGUUUUCCCGACUUUCCUGAAGGCUGCAAUCAAUUCCUGUCUUGCUGAUGUUGAGUGCGAGGUUGUUGCGACCCCACUCAACCAGCCAAUCUAUCUCACUCCUGUACGCCUCCUUGUCUCCAUCUGAGAUUCUGCCAACAACAGUGGUGUCGUCGGCGAAUUUAUAGAUAAGUGUUUGACCUGUGCCUAGCCACACAGUCAAGAGUGUAGAGAGAGUAGAGCAGUGGGCUAAGCACGCAUCCUUGAGGUGUGUCUGUGUGGAUUGUCAGCGAGGAGGACAAGAAGAGAAAAAGAGUUAAUGUUUCAGGUCUGGGACCCUUCAUGAACUCUUCCUCUUUUCACAGAUGCUGCCUGACCCACUGAGAUUUUCCCCCUCUACCCCUAAAUAACAUGCUGGGGGAAACAUCCCUCCCUGAUUGCAGUGUCCACUCAGAUUUGGCAAUGCUCUCCAAUCCAUGUGCCCCCCUCAAACUGGCAGCUGGCCCAAUUUCAGUUGGAUCGAAGGGCCUGUUUUGGUGCUGUCUGACUCUCUGGCAGAGAUGUAGAUGAUAAAGCAUAAGGUUAGUGGGGGAGGAGGUCCAUGGGGGCUUUGUUUUGGCUGGAAAUAGCAUGUGGCAGCCAGAGCAGAGUGAUCAAAGCCCUGUGGUCCUCCCACAGUGGCACGUGAAGGGUGGUGCACAGGAAACAGCGUAUGGGAGGAGAGGAGCUUCCGAGAGCAUCCCUGUCCUCACUGAUGGUGGACCCAGCGUGUGAGUGCUGGAGACAUGGCUGAAGCACUCACAGGCGCUGGAAGUAUUACAUGAAUGCUCCACCUCAGUUUCCUCCUGAGAUCCCCACCAGCAGAGAACCAGUCUCCAGCCAAUUCCAUUCACUGCGCCUGGUACCAAGAAACAGCUGAGAAAAUGGCCACUGGACAAAACAACAGGCCAGGUUGAGGACUGAACUAGAUGUGUGUCCAGUCAAGCUGUUCCAGUCCGGUUAGAACACUGCCAUCGACACACCAAAGUGGAAAAUUGAACAGCUAUGUCCUCUUCACAAGCUGUGGGCCAAAUUCAGUCUGGAUAAUCAGCACCCAAUCUGCUCAACAUUGGCAAAGGGUACAGGGUGUCGUGAAUAGUGAUAUCAAGUGGUAGCUCCAGGAGAGCCGAAUUCACGAGUCACCGUCAGCAUUGUGUCUGAGUUGCAACAUCUCCCUCAUGGCGACGACUUCCAAUUACACAACACUGCAAACGAGGUAAAACAUCACUGAGCCUGAUCUGCCCCACUUGGGCUACUGCUCUCAUCUGUAAAUCACUUGCUGUUUUGUCCUCUUCUUCAGCACUUUUUCUUCCUUUCACCAUCUCACCUUCAUCUUCGCAAAUCCACAUCACUGAACCCCACUCAAGUACAGUAAAAAUGUUCCCACCCAGAGAUCGUCACCGCUUUCUCCCUCAUCCCUGACGCAGAGUGACUUCACAUCCUCCGUCUCAAUUCACCUUGCACUGUCCUCUGCUCCCUCCGCCCCCUCGCGUAGACUUCCCGAGCCGCGCUCUCAGUCACCACUAAAAUGGGAUUGGUAUAAAUGGGUGCUUGGUGGUCGCUGUGCACCUGAUGGUUGAAGGGCAGGUUUCGUACUGUGUGGCCCCAAUGACACAUCGCCCUGGCUUCUGUGUCCAGCCCUGGAGAAAGGACCCUCUCAAUCACUCACACUGGAGCUUUCAGAAUCUCUGCUGUCUCAUCUUUCGUCCUUCCUACAUCACCAGGUGUUUGUAGCAGUUAAUCCACUCCACCAAACCCCCACCACCCAAGAUGCCAGUGAGACCAAUGUACUUCUGCUCUUCAUUUCCCUGCUUCUCAUACAGCACGGAAACAGGCCCCUCAGCCCACCAAAUCCAUGCUGACCAUUAAGUAUGGUGUUUGUGCCUCAGUGGCCUGAGUCUGAAGUUCUCUGCCUCUCCCUCCUACACCUGCCCCUCUUUCACUAGCCCGUGUCCUCCCACCUUGUGGCUCAACACCAAUGUUUUGAUGAUAUUUGGGUUGGGUGGUGUUUUUCUACGUUAAGGCAAGGUGUGAUUGGCAGUUAUUGUUCUUCAUAUUUUGACUCUGAGGCACGCGGUAGAUGUUUGGAGAGGUUCCAGUAGCCAUGUAAGCAACAGAUUUGAGGGAGCACCCUCUGCUCCAAAUGUGAAGCUGGGGAAAUCCAGGGCUGAGGUGGGUGGUGGUUCCAACAAUGGAAACCAGGAAGGUUUGCAUUGCUCUGGUGUUUGUGUGUCUUUAAGCAUCAUCCCCAAUCACCGUACAGUCAGCGAAGAACUUCAGAAGGUGGUGACAGUUGUGGGAAAAUGGCAGCCAAGUUCUGGUCAGGACCAGCAUGUUCCGGUCAGGAGGAAGGACAAGCAAUGGCAAAGUAAGGGAACCUUGGAUUACCAGAGGGGUGCUGAAUGUAGUCAGAAGGAAAAAGCAAACAUAUGUAAGGUUUAGGAAGCUAAAAUCAGACAGGGCCCUUGAGGAAUAUAAAGAUAGCAGGAGAGAGCUCAAGCAGGGGAUUAGGAAGGCCAAAAGGGGUUAUGAAAAGUCCUUGGCAAGUAGCAUUAAAGAAAAUCCUAAUGCAUUUUCUACUUGCAUUAAAAACAAGAGGAUAACUAGGGAGAGGGUAGGACCACUCAAGGAUAAAGGAGGGACUUUAUGCUUGGAGGCAGAGGAUGUGGGCAAGGUACUAGUGAGUACUUUGUGUUGGUAUUCACAAGGAGGAGGAUAUGGAGGACGGUGAGCAGUGUGGGUAGCCUCAUGUGCGAGGGUAUUUUGAGAUCAAGGAGGAGGUGCUAUUGGGUCUUUUGAAGAGCAUUAAGGGAGAUAAGUCCCCAGGGCCUGAUGGGAUAUACCCAGGUUAUCUUCAGAGAUGAGAGUACUGGGGCCUCAACCAAGAUCUUUGUGUCCUUACUAACAGCAGGCGCGGUCUCAGGGGAUGGAAGAAUAGCCAGCCUUCCUUUGUUCCAGAAGGAAAAUAAGGAUAAUCCAGAAAAAUACAGACAGGUGAGCCUCACAUCACAGGCAGGGAAGCUAUUGGAGAGGAUUCUCAGGGAUAGGAUUUCUGCUUAUUUGUAAAGGUGUGGCUGGCUUAGGGACAGUCAGCAUGGUUUUGUGUGGGGCAGGUCACAUCUUACUGAGGUUUUUGACGAGUUGACAAAGGUGAUUGAUGAGGGUAGGGCAGUGGAUGUUGUCUACAAGGAAUUUAGUGAGGCACUUGACAAGAUUCUUCAUGAUAGGCUGAUCCAGAAGAUUAAGAUGCAUGGGAUUCACAGUGACUUGGUAGAUUGGAUUCAGAAUUGGCAGUGGUGUUCUGCAGGGAUCCAUGCUGGGACCUCUGUUGUGUGUCAUAUAUAUAUAAAUGACUUGGAUGAAAAUGUGGAUGGGUGGGUUAGUAAGUAUGCAGAGGACACAAAGAUUGGUGGAUUUAUGAACAGUGUAGAGGGCUGUCAAAGGAUACAGCGAGAUGUAGAUCAGUUACCGAUGUGGGCGGAGAAAUGGCAGAUGGAGUUUCAUCCAAGCAAGUGUGGGGUGUUGCACCUUGGAAGGUCACAUAUAAGGGGAAAGUACACAGUUAAUGGCAGAACUCUGUGCUGUACUGUUUCAUGUUCUAUAAAACCCCCACAGAUAGCAACGUUCGUGAUCUGAGCACCAGUGAUUUUGGUGGAGAGAUGAAUAUUGUCCCCGACCCACAAGGACGGAAGGAAUGGGGCAGGUAUCUGCUAUUUGCCCUUCAAGCAUGCUCCCACAUUCAAUGAGGUAGGGAUUGAUUUGGUCUCGGCCUCAGGUUCACUUUCCUCUCCAUUCCCCAUUCUCCUUGACUCCACUGUAGAUCUAAAGCCUGCCCGUCUCUGCCUUGAAUAUGUUCAACGACUGACACUGCAGCUCUCAGCAGUUGAGAACAAUAACAACAUUAAUGAGCAAAAUGCACAAGAUAGACAUUCAAAAAAAAUCUUAAAUAAGGAACGAAUUAAAGUGUUGGUCCUUCAGAGAGCGAGUCUGGGAAUUAAUAAUAAAAUUGAGAAGCUGGUAAUUGCAUUAAACAGGUAAUUUGCAUCAUUCUUCACUGCCAGGGAUACAAGUAACAUUCCAGAAACAGAUAUAAAUCAGGCAUUGGAAAGGAGGGAGGAACUCCGGGAAAAUUCAUAAACACCAGGGAAGCAGUACUGAUCAAGUUACAACUGUGGACUGACAAGUCCUGGGUCCUGAUGGACUUCGUCCUAAAAGUAGUAGCUAGUGAAAUAGUUGACAUAUCAGUUUUAAUUUUCCAAAAUUUCAUUAGAUUGGAAAAUAGCAAUAGAACCUCCUUUGUUCAAAGAGGAAGGGGAAUGUAAAGCAGGAAAGUGCAGGCCAGUUACACCUGCUAUGGGCAGGUGUUAUGAAAGAUGUUCCAGCAAGGCAUGUAAAUUCAAGGUUAACAAAGUCAGCAUGGUUCUGUGAAAGGAGAAUCAGUUUGUUGUAGUUUGUUGAAGUAGUAACACGUGCUCAGGAGCAAGAGGAACUGGUCGACAUAGUGCCAGAGGCAUUGGGUAAGGUCCUGCACCAGAGGUUAUUGUGAAAAAUUAGAGGUCAUGUGUAGGAGAUAACGUUGGCAAUGGAUGCAAGACUGGACAGGAAACAAGCUGCUGGAGCAACUCAGUGGGUCAGAUGUGAAGUGGUUCAUUUUUGCAGGAAAAACAUUUUAAAAAUAUUAAUUAAAUGGUGAGAAAUGGCAGAGCUCUGAGACACAGAGCAGUGGGAAGGGGGUCCUGGUGCAGGGUUUACGAGAGGUACAGCAGGUAAUUGUUUAUUGCAGGAGAAGGUGUAGGGAGGUUGUGUGAGACCACCAGUGAUGGCCUCUGAUUCAGGGAUGUUAAUGCACUGGAAGCAGCUGAGAGGAAUGGGUGGGUUGUUUUAUGGGGAAAGACCAGGAUCACUGAUUGAAAGUAAGGGACCACCCAAUCAAGAGAUGUGAGGGUGCAGGAAGCAAAGUCCUUGAAUAUUAUUAAGACCUAAGUAGACAGAUUCUUGAUAAACAAGGAGGUGAAAGGUCACCGGGGAGGCAGGAACCUGGAGCUGGGGUCACAGACAGAGCAGCUGUAAUCUUAUGGAUUCAGGGAGCAGGCUAGGAGGGGCCGAGUGGCGUCCUCCUGCUCCGAGUUUGUAGCAUUCCAAAGGUUCUUGGAGAAAUUCUCUCAGAGGAACAGACUGCCCUCCACUUCAAAACAGUGGGAUCAUCUAAAUCUCCGUUAGAGCAGUCCGGUGCACAGCUUGCUCUGAUAGUCUCCACCCAUGACAGGGCUGGGCUGUGCUCAGACUGGGUGUAGGGGUUAAUCCACCCUUGCACUAAACCCUUCACUGAGACGGUUCACUUCCAGGUGCGGCACAAGAACAAAGUUAAUUACUAAGCUGUUUUACAGGCAGCAGGACCCACGCACUCGGUAACACUUGUGCAACCUCAGACUGAACUCAUUUCUGAAUGCUGGAGGGGGAGAGGUGGUAGAUGGGGUCUGUUCCCCUGCAACUCCGUACCUUCCAGCCAAUGGCAGGGCACACCUUGCGGGGCAAACACUCGUUGUCCAGUUCCCCAAAUUCCAUGUCGCUGAUUCCCAUAGUAGUGGGUGGGGGAAGCAGCUCAGCCCAGACCCAGCACUGUGGUGCAGCUUGUCGAGUCACUGCCCCACAGCUCCAGAGACCCGGGUUCAAACCUGACCUCUGCUGCUGUCUGUGUGGAGUUUGCAGGUUCUUCCUGUGACUGCGUGGGUUCCUCUGGGUGCUCCAUGUCCCAAAUACAUGCAGAUUGGUGGGUUAAUUGACCACUGAUCUACAAUUACAACAUUUAAAAGAUAUCUGGACAGGGACAUGGAUAGGAAAAGCUUAGAGGGAUAAAGGUCAAACACAGGCAAAUGGGACUAGCUCAGGUAGACACCUUGGUUGGGCUGAAGGGCCUGCUUCUGUGCUGCAUAACUCUAUCACUCUGCACCAGUCACAGGCCAGGGGUCCAGUCCCAGGCCGUGAUAGAGGUGAAUCCAGUCCAUACUUUCCCUCAGAUUCUUGAGGCAUGGAGAGGGAGAAAGGAAGGUGGGAGGUUGUCAGAGGGGAGAUGAGGGGGUGACUGAAGGCUAUAAGCAUCAAUGGAGGGAGAUGGUGGGGUGAAGGAGUGAGCUGAGAGGAGGGAUGGAGGGGGAGGCAACAGGGGGACAGGAGAGGGGAUCAGAGGGAUGGACAGAGGGGUGUGGGACAGAAUGGUGCCGAUGGAGCAGUUGCCUGCUCCCAGAUGGUGUCAAGCUUCCGGAGUUGUUCUUGCUGCACUCUGCGGGGCAGGUGGAGACU